AGGAGACGACGCCGGGCCUGCUAGACAUGGAGCGUGUGCCUUCAAGUAAUAUACCUCCUUCUGUAAGGGCUCCCAGACUGCUGGGAUUGCAUGGUGCGACCUGGCUAUACCCUCUCAAGGGCAUCGUCUACUUUCUUCGUCAUCGCUUUCUCUGGCCGCUAUUCCAUGCUCGCAUGCUACCAAUAGCUCUGCUCUCGGCCUUUAUUUACGCCCUUCUCUUCUUCUUCAUAUACCUCCCGCAGGUUGCAUUUCUGGCGAUCUUUCAUGGAUGGGCUGGUGCCUGGAUUAACGGGGCCUUCCUCGUCCUCGGUGAAGGUGCUGCCAUUGUGGCCCUUUUAUUCGAAGCAUUCUUCGUCGACGAGACCCAGGUCGAUAUCUUCGAUGCGGUCCUCAUUAAAACGGGGAACAAGGACCUUGUGGGCACAGCAAGACUCUUGCACCGCGAAGCUCCCGAUCCAGUGAACAUGCUGGGUAAGCUUAGCGUGGGCGCAGUGUAUGCACCGUUUUCGUUCCGGCAGAUUGUGGAGUUCAUCGUACUCUUGCCGUUAACCUUGGUCCCGGUGAUUGGAGCGCCGCUGUUUCUCGUCCUCACGGGCUAUAGGGGCGGGCCGUUUCAUCAUUGGAGAUAUUUCCAACUUAGAGAUUUUACCAAGUCUGAGCGGAAGGAAUUUAUCGCGAGGAGGAAGAUAAGGUAUACAAUGUUUGGCACUACUGCUCUUAUACUGCAGUUGAUUCCAUUCUUCUCAAUGUUCUUCCUUGUCACUACAGCGGCGGGCUCAGCGCUCUGGGCUGCCGACAUGGAACGGCGGAGAAAGCUUUUGAGCGAGCGAGUGGUUCACGUUGAAGAGGAAUAUCACGACAACCCAGUUUAGGCCCGGUUCGCGUUUGGUUUGCAAAAGUCACUGCCCUUCAAUCUCAGCGGCUAUCUAUUUAUCCCCUUUCUGGGUGUUUUUGCGGGCAUCGUGGGAGAUCUUUCAGUGUUCGUCCGAAAUUUUCGCAGCAUUAAUCUGUGCAAUGUGUGCCGGAUGCUUAGCUCUUCUGGGUUCGUCUGUGUUACUACUCCGUAGAUCAU